CGCGUCCAUUUGAACAUCUCGCCUGAGUGGUUCUCCUGCACGCCUGCCUGUCAUUAGCAGUCGUGUUCGCAGCUGCUGCCCAGUCUUUCUCCGGAAUAGGGGAGGGAGAGGGAAUGAGAAGCUGCAGCGGCCGAGGAGUCACCGUGACCGUCCCCGCCGCCACCCUCGGGCCCCCUCGGCCCCCGCGCCUCCGGGGAGCAGCCGGGGCUCGCCGCGCCUGACGCGUCCCGAGUCACACAGAAAUAAUGUUGAUAUUUGGAACCCAUGUCGAACUUCUAUGAAGAAAGGGCAACAAUGAUUGCAGCCGGGGAUUUGCAGGAAUUUGUCCCUUUUGGUCGAGACCACUGCAAGCACCACCCUAAUGCUUUGAACCUUCAGCUUCGCCAGCUGCAGCCAGCGUCGGAGUUAUGGUCUUCUGAUGGUGCCGCUGGCUUGGUGGGAUCCCUUCAGGAGGUUACGAUCCACGAGAAACAGAAGGAGAGCUGGCAGUUAAGGAAAGGCGUAAGUGAAAUUGGAGAGGAAGUAGAUUACGAUGAGGAACUCUAUGUGGCUGGAAAUAUGGUUAUCUGGAGCAAAGGAAGUAAAAGCCAGGCAUUGGCUGUUUAUAAAGCGUUUACAGUUGACAGUCCUGUUCAACAGGCAUUGUGGUGUGACUUCAUUAUAUCACAGGAUAAGUCUGAAAAGGACUACGGUAGUGAUGAAGUAGAAAAAUGCAUAUGUAUAUUGCAAAGCUCAUGUAUUAACAUGCAUAGCAUAGAAGGAAAGGAUUACAUAGCUUCUUUACCUUUUCAGGUUGCAAAUGUUUGGCCCACGAAGUAUGGCUUGUUGUUUGAACGAAGCAGCUCUUCACAUGAGGUUCCUCCAGGCCCACCCAGAGAACCUUUACCCACUAUGUUCAGCAUGCUGCAUCCACUAGAUGAAAUCACACCUCUUGUUUGUAAAUCUGGAAGUCUUUUUGGUUCAUCACGGGUACAAUAUGUUGUAGAUCAUGCAAUGAAAAUUGUUUUUCUCAACACUGAUCCCUCCGUUGUAAUGACCUAUGACACCGUUCAAGGUUUGCAUUCUGUGUGGGCUCUCCGGAGAGUCAAAACAGAGGAAGAGAAUGUUGUUUUAAAGUUCUCUGAACAGGGGGGCACCCCACAGAAUGUGGCCACCAGCAGCUCGCUCACAGCACACCUCAGAAGCCUCUCCAGGGGAGACUCCCCCGUGGCUUCCCCCUUCCAGAACUACUCCUCCAUCCACAGCCAGAGUCGCUCAGCCUCCUCGCCCAGCCUACACUCCCGCUCACCUUCCAUUUCCAACAUGGCAGCUCUCAGUCGUGCUCAUUCUCCAGCCUUAGGAGUGCACUCUUUUUCAGGGGUGCAAAGGUUCAACCUUUCAAGCCAUAAUCAAUCUCCAAAGAGACACAGUAUUUCUCAUUCUCCAAAUAGUAAUUCUAACGGCUCCUUUCUUGCACCAGAAACAGAGCCAAUUGUUCCUGAACUUUGUAUGGACCAUUUAUGGACAGAAACUAUUACUAAUAUAAGGGAGAAAAAUUCACAGGCCUCAAAAGUCUUUAUUACAUCUGACCUAUGUGGGCAGAAGUUCUUGUGCUUUUUAGUAGAGUCCCAGCUCCAGUUACGAUGUGUAAAGUUUCAAGAGAGUAAUGAUAAAACCCAGCUCAUCUUUGGCUCCGUCACCAACAUACAGGCAAAGGAUGCAGCUCCAGUGGAGAAGAUAGACACUAUGCUGGUCCUGGAAGGCAGUGGAAACCUGGUGCUGUACACAGGAGUGGUUCGGGUGGGAAAGGUUUUUAUUCCUGGGCUGCCAGCUCCCUCCCUGACAAUGUCGAACACGAUGCCUCGGCCCAGCACCCCACUUGACAGCGUUAGUACUCCUAACCCUCUGAGUAAGCUGCUUGGAUCCCUGGAUGAGGCUGUUCUAUUGUCCCCAGUUCCAGAACUAAGGGAUUCUUCAAAGCUUCAUGAUUCUCUCUAUAAUGAGGAUUGUACUUUCCAACAGCUUGGAACUUACAUUCAUUCUAUAAGAGACCCUGUCCAUAACAGGGUAACGCUAGAACUGAGUAAUGGCUCCAUGGUUAGGAUCACUAUUCCUGAAAUUGCCACCUCUGAAUUAGUACAAACUUGUUUGCAAGCAAUUAAAUUUAUCCUGCCAAAAGAAGUAGCUGUUCAGAUGCUUGUCAAGUGGUACAGUGUCCACAGUGCUCCAGGAGGACCCAGUUAUCACUCAGAGUGGAACUUAUUUGUGACUUGUCUCAUGAACAUGAUGGGUUAUAACACAGACCGCUUAGCAUGGACAAGGAAUUUCGACUUUGAAGGAUCACUUUCCCCAGUCAUUGCACCCAAAAAAGCAAGACCUUCUGAGACAGGAUCUGAUGAUGACUGGGAAUAUUUACUAAAUUCAGACUACCACCAGAAUGUUGAGUCUCAUCUUUUGAAUAGAUCUUUAUGUUUGAGUCCUUUGGAAGUUUCACAGAUGAAGGAUGAGGAUUUGUCACAGAAUCUCAGUUUGGACUCUUCUACACUUCUUUUCACUCACAUACCUGCAAUUUUUUUUGUUCUUCACCUGGUCUAUGAGGAGCUUAAGUUGAACACUCUAAUGGGAGAAGGAAUUCGUUCACUUGUUGAACUUCUCGUUCAGUUGGCAAGGGACUUAAAAUUGGAGGCUUAUGUAGAUCAUUACUAUAGAGAUUACCCAGCACUUGUCAGAACUACUGGACAAGUGUGUACAAUUGAUCAAGGACAAACAGGAUUUAUGCAUCAUCCAUCAUUUUUUACUUCUGAGCCACCAAGUAUUUAUCAGUGGGUGAGUUCUUGUCUGAAGGGUGAAGGAAUGCCACCCUAUCCUUACCUCCCCGUCACCUGUGAAAGAAGCAGACUUGUAGUCUUGAGUAUUGCACUCUACAUACUUGGUGAUGAAAGUUCUGUUUCUGAUGAAUCCUCACAGUAUUUAUCCAGAAUAAGUAUAGCCCCACAGAAGUCACAAGCAGAGCAAGAGGAGAACAGGUUUAGUUUCAGGCAUUCUACAUCAGUUUCUAGUCUAGCUGAGAGAUUAGUCGUCUGGAUGACUAAUGUAGGUUUUGCUUUAAGAGACUUGGAAACCCUUCCCUUUGGAAUUGCUCUUCCCAUCAGAGAUGCGAUUUAUCACUGUCGGGAGCAGCCUGCUUCAGACUGGCCAGAAGCUGUUUGCCUGUUGAUUGGGCGUCAGGAUCUUUCCAAGCAGGCCUGUGAAGGAAACUUGCCCAAAGGGAAAUCUUCUGUUACUCAGGUGCUCUCAUCAGAUGUUCCUUCAGGAACAGAAACUGAGGAGGAAGAUGAUGGCAUGAAUGACAUGAAUCAGGAGGUGAUGUCACUAAUAUGGAGUGAAGACUUAAGGGUGCAGGAUGUGCGAAGGCUUCUUCAGAGUGCACAUCCUGUCCGCGUCAAUGUGGUGCAGUACCCAGAGCUCAGUGACCACGAGUUCAUUGAGGAAAAAGAGAACAGAUUGCUCCAGUUGUGUCAGCGAACUAUGGCUCUUCCAGUAGGACGGGGAAUGUUUACCUUGUUUUCAUACCAUCCUGUUCCAACGGAGCCAUUGCCUAUUCCUAAGUUGAAUUUGACUGGGCGGGCACCCCCUCGGAACACAACAGUAGACCUGAACAGUGGCAACAUUGAUGUGCCUCCCAACAUGACCAGCUGGGCCAGCUUCCAUAAUGGUGUGGCUGCCGGCCUGAAGAUAGCCCCUGCCUCCCAGAUCGACUCAGCCUGGAUUGUCUACAAUAAGCCCAAGCACGCCGAGUUAGCCAAUGAGUAUGCUGGCUUUCUCAUGGCCCUGGGUCUGAACGGGCACCUUACCAAGCUGGCUACUCUCAAUAUCCAUGACUACCUGACCAAGGGUCAUGAGAUGACAAGCAUUGGACUGCUCCUUGGUGUUUCUGCUGCUAAACUAGGCACCAUGGAUAUGUCGAUUACACGGCUUCUUAGCAUCCACAUUCCUGCUCUCCUGCCCCCAACGUCCACAGAGCUUGAUGUUCCUCACAACGUCCAAGUGGCUGCAGUGGUCGGCAUCGGCCUUGUUUAUCAAGGGACAGCUCAUCGGCAUACCGCAGAAGUCUUGUUGGCUGAAAUAGGACGGCCCCCUGGUCCUGAAAUGGAAUACUGCACGGACAGAGAGUCUUACUCUUUGGCUGCUGGCUUGGCUCUGGGCAUGGUUUGCUUGGGGCACGGCAGUAAUUUGAUAGGUAUGUCUGAUCUCAAUGUACCCGAGCAGCUUUACCAGUACAUGGUUGGAGGCCAUAGGCGCUUUCAAGCAGGGAUGCACAGGGAGAAACAUAAAUCUCCAAGUUAUCAAAUCAAAGAAGGAGAUACCAUAAAUGUGGAUGUAACUUGUCCAGGUGCCACUCUCGCUUUGGCCAUGAUCUACUUAAAAACCAAUAACAGAUCCAUUGCAGAUUGGCUCCGAGCUCCCGACACCAUGUAUUUGCUGGACUUUGUGAAGCCAGAAUUUCUCUUACUUAGGACGCUUGCUCGAUGCCUGAUUUUGUGGGAUGAUAUUUUACCAAAUUCCAAGUGGGUUGAUAGCAACGUUCCUCAAAUUAUAAGAGAAAAUAGUAUCUCUCUCAGUGAAAUCGAAUUGCCGUGUUCAGAGGAUUUGAAUUUGGAAACUUUGUCGCAGGCACAUGUCUACAUAAUUGCAGGAGCUUGUUUGUCUCUGGGUUUUCGAUUUGCUGGCUCAGAAAACUUAUCAGCAUUUAACUGUUUGCAUAAAUUUGCAAAAGAUUUUAUGACUUAUUUGUCCGCACCUAAUGCUUCUGUAACAGGUCCUUACAACCUGGAGACUUGCCUGAGUGUGGUGCUGCUGUCUCUCGCCAUGGUGAUGGCUGGCUCGGGGAACCUGAAGGUUUUGCAGCUUUGUCGCUUCUUGCACAUGAAAACAGGUGGUGAAAUGAACUAUGGUUUCCACUUAGCCCAUCACAUGGCCCUUGGACUUCUGUUUUUGGGAGGAGGAAGGUACUCUUUGAGCACAUCAAACUCUUCCAUUGCCGCUCUCCUCUGUGCCCUUUACCCGCACUUCCCAGCUCACAGCACUGACAACCGGUAUCACCUCCAGGCUCUCCGGCACCUGUAUGUGCUGGCUGCAGAACCGAGACUUCUCGUGCCCGUGGAUGUGGACACAAACACGCCCUGUUAUGCCCUCUUAGAAGUGACCUAUAAGGGCACUCAGUGGUAUGAACAAACCAAAGAAGAACUGAUGGCUCCUACCCUUCUUCCAGAACUCCACCUUUUAAAGCAGAUUAAAGUUAAAGGCCCACGAUACUGGGAACUGCUCAUAGAUUUAAGCAAGGGAACCCAACACUUGAAGUCAAUUCUUUCCAAGGACGGGGUUUUAUAUGUUAAGCUCAGAGCGGGUCAGCUCUCGUACAAGGAAGAUCCAAUGGGGUGGCAAAGUCUGUUGGCCCAGACUGUUGCUAACAGGAACUCUGAAGCUCGGGCUUUCAAGCCUGAAACGAUUUCAGCAUUCACUUCUGAUCCAGCACUUCUGUCAUUUGCUGAAUAUUUCUGCAAACCAACUGUGAACAUGGGUCAGAAACAGGAAAUUCUGGAUCUCUUUUCUUCAGUGCUAUAUGAAUGUGUGACCCAGGAGACCCCGGAGAUGUUACCUGCAUACAUAGCAAUGGAUCAGGCUGUAAGAAGACUGGGAAGAAGAGAAAUGGCCGAGACAUCUGAACUUUGGCAGAUAAAGUUGGUGCUAGAGUUUUUCAGCUCCAGAAGCCAUCAGGAGCGGCUGCAGAACCACCCUAAGCGAGGGCUCUUUAUGAACUCGGAAUUCCUCCCUGUUGUCAAAUGCACUAUUGAUAAUACUCUGGACCAGUGGCUACAAGCUGGGGGUGAUGGGUGUGUGCACGCCUACCUCAACGGGCAGCCCUGCGAGGAGUCGCAGCUGAGCAUGCUGGCCUGUUUCCUCGUCUACCACUCAGUGCCAGCCCCGCGGCACCUGCCGUCUAUAGGACUAGAAGGGAACACAAGUUUCGCAGAACUCCUCUUCAAAUUUAAACAGCUGAAGAUGCCAGUGCGAGCUUUGCUGAGAUUGGCUCCUUUACUUCUUGGAAAUCCACAGCCAAUGCUUAUGUGAUCAUGUCUGGUGAUGGAAUGCAUGUCAUUGCCUCCAUAGAUGGACAUGAUUAAAGAAACAGUAUACAGUCACACACACACUCAGGUUAUUACUGUUUCCCCGACGGAUGCUGACAUCUGUGCUCCUCGCUCGAGUGUCUUCCAAAGGAGUGAAGGCACGAACUUGUGGGAAGCUCUGAGGCAUAGACACCAGGCCUUAGCCGCAGGACACCAUUGGUGUAAGCCUCACAGAACUUCUCCUUGGUGCUGCGUAAUCUUACUUGAAUAAGGCCACUUUCUCACCCUUUGUCUAGAAACCAGCUGACUUCACAGCAUAUGGAGAGGGGCAUGUCCCAGCUUAGGGGAUCUCCUGACAUCCUACAGGAGGCAGGAUGGAGGGGGGCUCGCAUCUCUCAGCCUGGUGGUCAGUGUGCAAACACGCUUGGUGGGAGGCCGGUGAGCCUGCUGGGCUGUAGACAGGCCCGAGCAUGGGAGCCAGCAUUGGACUGGAAGCCAGAGCCUGUGGGAGCCGAGGCAGGAGUUGUCAGAGGAAUGGACUUGUGACAAUUCCAAGGGAAGCACAUGCCAAAGCCCAGUCUGAGCGACCGGAGUAGGCCAGGCCGGGAGAGGAUGUUGGGAGCUGGGUGAAACUGAAGGCCGUGGACCAAUCUGAGACCAAAGCAGGAAGACUUUGUCGCCUCAUUCAUACAGGGUUGGGGGCCUCUCUUCUGGGUUCCCCAUCCUCAUACUGACCAAAUCUUGGGGAAAAAUGCCUCACUGUAUGAAGAUCUCUCCAGUUAAGCAAUAGGGGAGGGGACAGGAUUUGGUCACCUCUGUACCCCUGUGUCUGCAAUUUUUAACCAGCAGUGGAAGGAAGCAGAGGUGAGGUCGGAAAAGCACCCCCUCCACGUGGAGGCCUCUGUCAGCACUUACUGCGCCCGGCCGAUACCCACGCUGGUUCCGAAGCUUCCCAGGUGACUUUUCCUGCUUCCAAGGCCAGGUUCCCCCUACUCCAAAAUACACUGGUUGCUUCAUUACAGUCACAAGCUUCCGAAAAGUCUUUUUCGAUAAAAGAAGAGCCCCUAAAACCACAUCCUUGAUUUUGCCUGUGGAUAAGGAAGACUUGCCUGUUCUCCAUCCUCUUGCUUUGCUCCAUCUUAUGUUCUUGAGUGAAAAUGAGGCUAGGAUGGAAAGUGGGGGCUGCUCAGAGGGCAGGACUUUCAGGCCCCAGACGAGGGGAACCCAUCUAUCAGGCAGCUGCGCCAGAAGCUCCCUCAGUUGGCAUCUCGUCCUGCCCCUCGUUCUACAGCUGAGACCUGGAGGCUCAGGGAGGGGUGGCUGGCCCAAGUCCGCACCGCUCCCCAUCGCAGCCCAGACCAGCCUGGGCGCCCAGACCACGCUGUUUCUACCCGAGAACCUGGUCCAUUACUGCCUUUCUUCCUGGUCCAGUAGACCCUCAGGAAGAGGCCGGUUAAAUGUAAGUUACAAGGACGUUGCACCAGGCAGAGUUCAUGAACACCUUUAAAAAGCAGACACACCGACUCUUCCUUUCUCUGUGCAUCUUUGGAAAAACAAAGGCCUUUGUGUAAUUUCUUGGAAUUAGAUUAAUUGAAUUAGCCUGUGUUGCUUUCUUGGUCAUUACAACAACUAUCUUAAUUAAAAAUUUUCUCUUUUAGCUGAAAGUAUUUCUUCCAUGGUACAUUAAAACAUGAAGUAGGAAAUUUAGGAAAAGAAUUAAUUUCAUACUAAGCUCAAUAAAAGCAAUGAAAAUCUGUAAAUAAGCACAUGUUCUUAAUUUCCGCUGCUUUUACUCCAGUACUCAGGUGUGAAGUGUCUUGCCUUGCCUCUGUAGUCAGUGGCGCCAUCCUGAGUCUUAUGCGCAGGU